AUUUUUCAGCCCACUACUGCUACAUACUUUUCGGCGCCACUCUUUUAUGAACAUAGCUCGGAUCUUUAUAAUGCACACGUACAUAGCAAUUGUAAUGUUGACAAACCCGCGGAUAAUCCAGCGUAUGUAAACCGGGUUCGAUGCGUGACGGGGAGCCACAUACAUGGGUUUAUCUUCUCGCGCUGGGAUCGGCUCUCACGUGACCGCGUCUCCUCGGCGAUUCUUGUCUCGGCCCUGUCUACCCUUAUAAUGGAGUAUUCCCUGCGCAUUCCAGUUCGCACAUCCACAGCGCUUGCCUGCCUGCCUCAUCGACCAUGUCUGCCCCCAUCACCGAACCCGCGAUCCUGGCUGCCCGACGCGCCCAGCAGCACACGAUCGACGUGUCCAAGCUGCCGCAGAACCUCGACAUGUCGGCGGAGAACAUCACACAGAACGUGCUCGCGAUGAACGACAACUGUGCGUGGCGCGGGGCGAGACCUCUCGCGCAGGUGUGCUUGUGCUGACGGAAUGCUUCGCAGGCGGAGAUCCGCGGAUGAAGUUCGUCAUGACGAAUCUGGUGCGCGGCCGCGGCUCUGGUCGUCUUCUCUGAUCUGGAUGGAGUGAAUGACCGUGGAAUGCAGGUAAAGCACCUGCACGACUUCGUGCGCGAGACUUCGAUCACGACCGAGGAGUGGAUGUGCGUGUGGCACUAGCAAUUCUGCGCGUGUGAUUGGCUGAGAGAAGCCCCCCUCCUCCUCCGAAAGGACGGCGCUCCUUUUCUUGACGAAGACCGGCCAGAAGUGCACCGACAUCCGGCAGGAGUUCAUCCUCCUCUCCGACGUCCUCGGCGUCUCGGCGCUCGUCGACUCGAUGAACCAUGCCAAGCCGCCCGGCGCGACCGAGUCCACGGUCCUCGGCCCCUUCUUCACCACCGAUGCGAUGGACUUUGAGAACGGGGAGAGCAUCGCGUCGGAAGGAAAGGGUGAGUACAUGUGGGUCGAGGGCAAGGUCCUCGACACCAAGGGAAAUCCGAUCCCCAACUGCAUCAUCGACACCUGGGAGACGGACAGCGACGGGCUCUACGACACCCAGUACUCCAACCGCGGACGCCCGGACUGCCGCGGCCGCCUGCGCACCACCGAUGACGGGUCGUUCUUCUACCGCGCGGUCGUCCCCGUGUCCUAUCCGAUCCCGAGCGACGGACCCGUCGGGAACCUGCUCGACGCGCUCGGCCGGCACGUCUUCCGGCCGUCGCACCUGCACAUGAUGCUCGAGGCGCCUGGCUUCGAGAAGCUCAUCACGGCGCUGUACCCCAGCGGCGACCCGUACCUGCAGAGCGACGCCGUGUUCGGCGUCAAGAGCAGUCUCAUCGAGAAUUUGACGACGGAGACCGAUCCCGAGCUGACGCGGGCGCGCGGGUUCCUGAACGAGACCAGCCACAAGGUGCUCAAGCACAACUUCGUGCUGGCCACGGUGGAGGAAGGGAUCCAGGCCAAGAAGCAGACUAUGAAGGCCGCGUCGGGGGAGGUGUGAUGAAAGAGACAAAACAAAGUGGAAUACCUGUAAAUGUAUAUCAUGAUCCGUUACGAACAGUCUGUCGGAAUUUGAACGUUCCUGCUCUCGAGGACCUCGGCUGCCGCAGUCAUCGUAACAUCAUAGAUCCCAUUAGGAAGGAG